UAUUAUUUCAAAUAAAUUUUAUUCGAUUCAGUUAACCCAUCGGAAUUGUUCUAUGCAAUGUUGUGAGUCGUUUUUUAGCUGCAUGCUCUAAAAUCCACUAUGUUAGUGCAAAAUUGAGAGAGAAAGAGCAAUUGGCUAUAGCGGCAAAUUUGACAUUUUUGCAUUUGUUACCAUAUCUGUCAACACGUGAGAUUUCAUUAAAAUUCCGAAGAAAAUAUAUUUUCAUUGUUCUUAUGUUACUCCUAAGGAAUUGUUCAAAAUAGAUUUGAUUACAUUGUAAUACGUAAUGGCUUCCGAAACAUUUUGCUUGCUUGAAUAUAAGGAUACUGAUAAUUGUUGUGAAGUGAAGCUUGUGCUGCCGCAAAGUUGUGAAAGCUCUAAAUAUAAAAAAAUAGAUAAUGUCUGCAAUUUGGACAUGUACGGCCAUAAACAAUAUAUAUUAAUACAUGUGGAUACACAGCUAUUCAAAGUGGUGGCUCCACGUCUUUUCAACCUCGAGAACCUAACGAAUAUUGUCAUUUACUUCAACACUUUGGAGCAAAAGUUAACCUUCACAUUGCCGUGCUUAAAAGAAACCAUUGUGAAAAUUCGUGGCGUUCAAAUUCAUAAAGUAUUUGAAGACGAUUUUAAUUUACUGAAAUUUAAGUGUUUGACGAAUUUGAUCCAAAUACAAUUUGACAAUUGCACUCAACUGAAGUCACCGGAGUCAAAUUUUUAUUACGGCUUUGCCAGCAUGUACAACAACAAUUUGAAAACUAGCGAAAGUGAUUUAACUGCAGUUAGUUAUGUGCACACACCAUCAUUGGUUAGUCCAAUUAAACGCACUAUCGAUAGAGAAGUUCAAGAAAUGAGUGAUUUCUGCCCCGAUCAGUAUAAAGCCAAUGCAUUUGAAUUAUAUGUUCCAGAAGGACAUCCAGAUCCAAAGCUUCACAAAACUGAUUUCAAUAAAACUCCCUUAUCUAAGGAGGAAACCAUUGCCAUAUGUGAUAUAUACGAAACUCCACUUCCUCUAAUAACAAAUUCCACAGAAGUUGAUUGUGGUUUGAUAAGCAUUUUAUUGGCCAUUUGUUAUGAUGUACGUAUCACUGCAGAUGAUCCAACAUGUGAUAGUGCACGUACCCGCUCUAUCUUAGCUCCAGUAUUAUGCUACUUCGAACCGUUUUAUUCGAUGAAAGAUGUUGUCGUUAGUUUUUUACGCCGCACACUCAUAUAUACAUAUUACAGAAAUUAUGAAUUGAGUCGCAUGUGCCUAAAUGAUGCCGUUGAUGCCAUAACGAAGAAACCAAGUUGGAUAUUAGCACAACUGAUAGUGACACACAAUUUGUUUUUGGAAGACAUAGAUAGUCGCGAUAUAUAUAAUUUAUAUUACAUGCGUCAUUAUAUAAAUUAUUUGAAUGAUAAAAUUAAAACGAAUAACAGUGAUUAUUUCUAUGUUUUAUCAAGAAAUUUGAAAAACGUUGUGGUUGGUUUGUCCAUGAAAAUGUUAGGGCUAGAUUUAAUCGAUUUGGAACUUCAAAUUGUAAAUGAAUUAAUGAAGGAUUUUGAAUUUGGCAGUCGAAAUAAUAGUGAAGAACGAAAUCAAGUGGAAGAACAACAUUUAAGCUUAUCACAUAACAGUAUUACAGAUGAUGAAAUUGAAGAUAACGAUGAUGAUGAUGAAGAUGAUGAUGAUGAUGAUGACGAUGAUGAAGAAGACGAUGAAGACAAUACUUUUACAGACGAUGAGACCGAUAUAGAACAUGAAGUUGCUGAAGAAGAAAUUGAAGAUGAGGCUGAAGGUGAAGCUGAUACUGAAGAUGAUGCUGACGGUGAGGGUGAUGUUGAUGGUGAAGACGAAGAAGACACUGAAGAGGCUGAGGAAGCCGAAGACGAAGACGACGAAAAUGUUGACUCUAUUGUAGAUGUUGAAGAUGAUGAUGAUGAUCUAGGUAUUGAGGAAGAAGAGGAAAGCGAUGAAGAAUAUUUAGACCUUACCGAUUAUGUUAGCAGCACCGACGAUGAUAAUAACAACCCGGACAGUGCUGAAACACACAUAAGAAAUUACCAAGUUAAGGGUUUAACAGAGGCAAAACAAAAAAAAAUGGAUGGCAAUCAAAAAAAUUCAGAUUCUUCAAAUAAUAAGUGAUAAUAGCUAAAUAUACAGGUUCAUAUUUACAAAUAAGGCUGUUAUUGAAAAAUUUCUAAAAUAUUACAAUUAUUUCUAGUAUGUUUUUUUUAUAAAGAAUUGUAUAUAUUGUAUACAUAAAUUUGAAUUAGAGUAUUGGAAUUAUAAUGUUUAGUGAUUAUUUUUUUUUUGUGUUGUUGAACAUCACACCUGAAAAUUCUAUCAAAUUGUGAAAUGCUUCUGUUAUAAGUUUAGUGAAGUAUAUUUUCGAGAUACUU